AUGACCAUGAGCUUCAACAUCACAUCCGACGGCUCUCCGACGCCCCGCAAGGGUGCGACGAGGCUCUCCAGGGCCGCAGGAGACCUCAAGAUUGACACCUCACCAGAGCUACUGGGUCAGGCGGUAGGCGGCUAUCACCAAAACCACUACCCAUAUGCCCCCCACCGCGCAUUUGGCUCACCAUUGACACCGAACAUGCAGGGUCCAAAGCGUACUCUCGGUGCUUCGACUCUCGGCAACCAGCAGAUGAUGAUGCCACACCAGCAUCCCUUUGACGGCUAUAAGGUUAGUAACUGUCCUUCCCCUAAGCCCAAGUUAGUUGGUCAUGAGGAAGUGUCCGUUAUGGACUCGUUGCUUCAGCGUAUCAACGGCCGCUCGUCUCCACCCGAUCAGUACAACUCCUCCAGCGGUUCCGUGCCCAUCACGCCGGCCACCGAUGAGUUCGCAUCAACGCCGCCCUCGUCUAUGGAUAACUCUGUACUGCUCGUCGACGCGUUCGAGCUACAGAAGCUGAAGGCAGAGCUGGAGGAAGCUCGCAGUGAGGUCAGCCGCAUGAACCAAGAGAUGCAUAGUCACCAGGUUGCUCGGUCAACCAUGGAUCAUCUCAGCCAGUCAUCCGACGCCGAUUACAGCUACACUGGAGACGUCACCGAGCAGACGCUCACGCAGCUCCAGAACAAGUUCAACGCAUCGACCCGGAUCAACAGUGGAUGGAGCAAUGAGCCAGUCCGCCCGGGAUACAACAGCGGCAACAGCUUUGUUUCAAACUCCUACCAAGCCCAGCCUCGGCCUGCCGUCAACCAACCCAGCUAUCGUCGCAACGAGUUUCUCAACGAGCCUACACACUUCCCCGUCAGCCAGAGCUUCCGUAGCAGUGGAAUGAGCAGCGGUCUGAUGAACGGAAUGAACGGUAUGAGCAACAGCUUCAACGGCAUGGGUAACAACGUGAGCAACCCACCGAGUCGUCCCGGCUCCGCCUUCGACCCCAUGUUCAACCAGUAUGCAAUGCCCCCUUCGAUGCAUGCUCCCGGCUACCCUGCGCCUGUUGGCGUCAUUGGUAGUAGGCUCUCACCUGAUGCAAACGAGUUCAACGUCUCCAAUGGUCUGGGUCCCUCGCCUUGGAACUCUCAAGCCCCCUCUGAGGUCGGUGCCUCUCAAUACGUCCCUCCUGUCGAGCCCCUGAAUUAUCGCCGCCUACUCGACCGCAACAUGAGCUGUAACUGGAAGUACAUUGUCGACAAGAUUAUCUGUAACAACGAUCAACAGGCAUCCAUCUUCCUGCAACAGAAGCUCAAGGUAGGUACUCAGGAGCAGAAGUACGAGAUUGUCGAGGCAAUCAUCUCCCAAGCCUAUCCACUCAUGGUCAAUCGCUUUGGCAACUUCCUGGUGCAGCGUUGCUUCGAACACGGCACGUCCGAACAGAUCAUUGCAAUUGCGCAGGCCAUCCGUGGAAACACUCUUGCUCUUAGCAUGGACGCUUUCGGUUGCCAUGUUAUCCAGAAGGCUUUCGACUGCGUUCCCGAAGAGUACAAAGCAACCAUGGUCCACGAGUUGCUCCGCCGCAUCCCAGAGACUGUGAUCCACCGCUACGCUUGCCAUGUCUGGCAGAAGCUAUUCGAGCUUCGCUGGAGUGAUUCGCCGCCUCAGAUCAUGCGCUAUGUCAACGAGGCUCUUCGUGGCAUGUGGCAUGAGGUUGCGCUUGGUGAGACGGGAAGCUUGGUGGUACAGAACAUAUUCGAGAACUGUCUUGAGGAAGACAAGCGUCCUUGCAUCAACGAGGUCCUUGCUAGCAUCGAUGUCAUUGCCCACGGCCAGUUCGGAAACUGGUGCAUUCAGCACAUCUGCGAACAUGGAGCACCGGCUGAUCGAAGCCGCGCUAUUGACCACAUCCUUCGCUUCGCUACUGAAUACAGCAUGGAUCAGUACGCCUCCAAGGUGAUUGAGAAGUGCUUGAAGAUUGGCGGUAACGAGUUCCUUGACCGUUAUUUGGAGCGUGUCUGCGAAGGCCGUCAAGAUCGUCCACGCAUGCCGUUGAUCGACAUCGCUGGUGACCAGUUCGGAAACUAUCUCGUCCAGUACAUCUUGACCAACACUAGCACUCAGCAUCGCGACAUCGUCGGUAGCCAUAUUCGCAAGCACAUGGUCUCCCUCCGCGGCUCCAAGUAUGGAUCUCGCGUCGCAAUGCUCUGCUGCAACCCUGCUCUUACUACCCGUCCUGGACCUCCCUCUGGCAUGUUACCUCGCUACAAUAACCCCAUGCCUCGUACCACCAGCGGCUUCAGCAACUACCGUUAG